UGGCCGUUGUUGCCGCGGUAUUUGUGCGCUGUAUGUGUCGAUCUGACCGAUCAGGUCUGGCCAGAUCUCGGCAGGUCGCCGUCACAGUCUUUGGAACAGCCAGAGUCAGAAGGAGCUGUGCGAGCGCAAUUCUACACCACAUCCAAUUCAAUUUGUACUGUUGAAUUCGUCCACGUUGUGAAGUUCCGUCCCGGGGGUGCCUGCACACACACAUACACACACUCUUCACGCGGUCCUUGGCGGAACUUGUCGUGCACCGUCCCUCCGCCUGGCCCUCGUGACCUCGAACCCCUGCUCCAGUAACGCGCGUGAACUUCUUCCGCCGAACCAGUUUUCAGUGAUUUAACUUUAGCGUGUUAAUAGGGUUACGUGCCCAAAAUGUGCGAGGAAAAAAGUUCGAGGUUAGGUUCCCGUAAGUGAUUGUUGUUGAUCUGUUUUCUUUCAGCCACGUAGCGAAAGGUUCAAAUUAGUCGCGAAAAUCAAGAGUGUGAAAAAUUUCGUGUGAUAAUCGUGAUCGAUCGGAAGAGUGACGAAGCGACGGGGACGGGAAACAACUUUUUGCUGCCACUACGGUUGUUGUUGCUGAAAUAGUCCCAAGGAAAAAUCCGUUGCGAAAACGAAGUGGAUAUCGAAAAAGUCACCAUUUGCAUACUUGUGCGCGCACGUAUUACUAGCAGCCGAAACGCACACACCAAUACAAGGUUUUAAAAUGGCCCGUCUACUAGUUCUGCUGCUGUGCAUUUCCAUGACAACAACCCAGAAGCCAGGCAACUUCAACUUCAAAGAGAAAGGUUUCAAGAGCAAUCAUGCCUACGACGUAGAUCCCCAGGUGCUCGAAAUCCAGCGCCAGAAUCUGAUCACCCAGAAGAUCCUGCAGCGCUACCUCGAGCGUCGACUCCACCCCGAGCGUAAGCCCCAGAUCCACGUGCCAUCGGUGGACGAAAUCCUGGCCAAAUCGCUGGCCAGCGGGUCCGUGCGGGACACCCGGACGAGCCAGAACGAAAGCAUGAGCUCCGGCCAGGGUUCCUCCAGCAGCAGUAGUCGGUACAGUCUGUUUGACGAGUACAGCGGAGGUCAGCUGGACAGCGAAACCGGGGAGGAUCCGACCGAGGAGGAGUUUGACCGGGAUCUGGACCAGUACGACGAUCUGGGCGGCUCGCUGGACAACGACCACAUCGAUGUGGAGUCGCUGCAGUCCGGUGAAUCGGAGCACGUGGAUUCGUUCUACCGGGACAAGUCCUACCGGCAGAGAGCAUCGGCUCUCUCAGAGGACUACAACUCGGUGCUGGGCAGAUCGGCGCUGGAAUUUGACGACCGUCGCCCGGAGGAGAGCGUCCUGGGCCAGAUCACGAACGAGCUGCGGCUGGCGGCCGAAGCUAAUCGCGCGGAUGAAAUCCGACCCAGCCGGGUCAAACGGCAAGCGAUUAACAAUCGGACGAACCGGCGGAGUCGCACCACGGCACGGGAGCAGAGCAUUACGAAUCGGAUCGAUUCGAGGUAUUACAUUUCAGAUGACUAUUUAGAUUACACGACGACGCCACGGUUGGCCAAGAACCUGCGGGACAACUACGCGGAGUACAGACUGCUAUCGAAGAGCAAGAUCCAAACGGCAAACGAGAUCAAAACGAGCCGCCCGAGAAAUAACGCAGGUCAGAGCACGUUGACGAGGAACACGGCUAGGAAUAGGAACAGAAGUUCGCUCAAGUCGUUGGCUUACAAGCCUCAGUACAACGCCAAUACGAGGCGGCCAUCGUUCACUCUGUCGGCUUACAACGGAAACAAUAACAAGGCUCCGGUUCGGGGAACUUCGCGACGUGGAGGUAGCAGCAGAGUGUACAAGGACGAAGAACCACAGCGAGUGAACCGAUUCGGACACACCAACACUGCCAACGAUUGGCGCCGGAAGACGGUCAAUUUGGGCAGCACCAGUCUGCAGCCGAGCACUCCGGCCUUGACCGUAACGUUCUACCUGCCAACGGACACGACCGUCUCGUUGAUCACCAACUCGCGCACCGAAAUCAGCCUGAUCAAAACUACGACUACGAGCAUCGAAGAGAUCUGUACGACUUGCUUCUCGCUGACGCAGGGUCCGAACGGAGUCCCCGUACAUGUCCUGAACAAAGAAAUCACCUCGUUCAACAACGAUGGCCUCUUCGAGAUCACCAAGUUCAUCUUGAGCUCAACAGCUACCACUACGGUAUCGGUUUCCCAAAACACCUUCCGCGGACGUCAAACGGCCUAUUCCGCAACCAUCUCAACCACCCUCUACGAAGCUAGCCCCUUCGUCCAAACCAAAGGCAACACUCAAAACAGUGCCGUCCUCUCCAACGCCCCCCUAGCAAACAUCCUCCUCUCACAACUCCUCCUCGGAAACCUCGGCGUCGGCGAACCCAACUUCGCUCCCCGCCCAACCGAGUUCAUCCCCGAUCCCAACCGCUACCAGCUGAUCGUGACGACCGCCGUCGAGUACAAGACCCACGUCAAGGAAGUCGUCACCACCCUCACCCAAACCAAGUCCAUCGUACUCCCCAUCACCUUCCAAGGCCGGGAAAUCCUAACCACCGUGUACGACAGCGAUGUCACCCCAACCGUCAUUACCUCCUUCAUAACGGAAACCCUCACCGUCCCAACGACCUCCACGAUCCGCAUCCAACCCACCACCGACGACCUCCAGAACAAACUCAGCCUGCUCCUGCCUCUCCUCGAGGAACGCGAACGCCGUAAUCAACUCCUCGCGGCAGCAGCCGCAGCAGAACCCGCCCUGCCCGUACUCCCCAUCUCCUCAACCCCACCCCCAACCAACAACCUGCUCUCCAGCGCGUCAAUCUCCAAGGUCUACGUGUCCGGACAACACCCGGGCGAGUUCAGCGUAUCGUUCACCACGAUUCUCAACACGUAGGCGCGAGCGCCAGAGUCAAUUUCUUAGGGUAGAACACCAAUUAGGAUCUAGUUGUAGGAGGCAACUCCCAGCACUCUCUUCCAAAACCUGCCAAUUUUUCAAUUUAGUCAAAAAAAAAAAGAGAGCGUGAUUUAAAAUACUCGACCGACGAAGGAUGUGCUAACUUUCUAGUUUAAAAAAUUACAGCCUGAAGCCGUGUAGCCGUGUCCCCCGUUACCCCCGAGAUGCGUAGAUUAGAGAUGUAAGAGACGUAGGACUUUUGUAGGACGAUUUUUUAUGUUUUAUUUGUAACGAAUAAAUCGACAUUUUAUUAGG